AUGGGAGAUGAGAGCACACAACUCGAGAUUCUCAAUCCAAAAAUCGCCACUGCCAGUCGAGAGACGAUCAUAACUGAUGACUCUGAUACACUCAAGAGGCAUUUCGAUAUAUUGACAAGUACCAUCGCCAAUACCCAGCUAUCUUCUCUUUCAAGACAACUAUCAGAAGAUAACCGAAGGGCCCUGAAAGAUAAAUAUGGGAUUGAACGAAAGAACGAUUUGGAAUCUUUCUUAAAUGAGAUAGUUACUGAUAUAUCCAAGUAUCAAUGUCAUGACGGAAGUUCUUGGAGAGAAGUAUUGGAUAAAGUACAGUACAGCGUCACAUCCUCAUCCUCCUCAAAUGAUCAGGAAGAGGAAAAUGAAGAUCAGAGAGCAAAAGAGGGGGAUAUGAUGAUUUAUGCAGAUUCAGGCGAAAUCUUCAAAGUGAUUUGGGAUGAAGAGACUACUAGAUUGCGCUUGAGUAAUCUUCCAGUCCAAUCAAGGGAUGAGGAUUAUUAUCAGAGGAUUGAAGAUAGGAUGAACAGAGCUGGUGAUACGUCUAGGUGGAAAUUGAGUAUCAAACCUGUAGAAAUAGACCAUACAUCAUGA